GCUGAUCAGAGAGCUGCUUUCCUUGGCGCCAAGACGCAGUUGCGCGCGUUUUCUGCUAUCGUACGGAAGGGCCAGUGAAACUGCUCCGGUGAAAAUGUCUCUUUCGACGCGGGACAUGAAUGUGAUCAACAACCUGAAAAUCUCAAUCCGGGACAAAGAAAACCAGCUGCCCGACGACAGCGGAAAAGUUGAAAAGAAGGUCCCACAGCAGCAAGUUGCGCGGCGGUCGACGAGCGUGGAAGACGAGCCUCUGCUACGCGAGAACCCACGUCGUUUCGUGGUGUUCCCCAUCCAGUACGAGGACAUAUGGCGCAUGUACAAGAAGGCCGAGGCCUCCUUUUGGACCGUCGAGGAAGUGGACCUGGCCAAAGACCUGCCGCACUGGGAAGCGCUCAAGCCCGAGGAGAGGCACUUCGUCUCGCACAUCCUCGCCUUCUUUGCCGCCAGCGACGGCAUCGUCAACGAGAACCUGGUGGAGCGCUUUAGCCAGGAAGUGCAGGUUACAGAGGCACGGUGCUUCUAUGGCUUCCAGAUGGCCAUCGAGAAUGUUCACUCUGAAAUGUACAGCCUGCUCAUUGACACCUACAUCAAAGAUGCGGCAGAGAGAGAUCGGCUAUUCAAUGCAAUCGAGACGAUGCCGUGCAUCAAGCGGAAAGCCGACUGGGCCCUGAAGUGGAUCGGUGAUCGAAAUGCCAGCUUUGGGGAGCGUGUGGUCGCCUUUGCUGCCGUCGAGGGCAUCUUCUUCUCGGGCUCAUUUGCGUCCAUCUUUUGGCUCAAGAAGCGAGGCCUCAUGCCAGGUCUCACCUUUAGCAACGAGCUUAUCAGCCGUGACGAGGGACUGCACACGGAUUUCGCCUGCCUCAUGUUCAGCCACUUGGUGCACAAGCCGUCGCCCACACGAGUGAAGCAGAUCGUAUGUGACGCGGUCGUCAUAGAGCAGGAAUUCCUGACCGAGGCCUUGCCCGUGGCCCUCAUUGGCAUGAACUGCGAGCUCAUGAAGCGCUACAUCGAGUUCGUGGCUGACCGGCUGCUGGUAGAGCUGGGAUGCGAAAAGGUGUACAACUCGGAGAAUCCAUUUGACUUUAUGGAGCACAUAUCUCUAGAAGGCAAGACCAACUUCUUUGAAAAGAAGGUUGGCGAAUACCAGAAGGCUGGUGUAAUGGCCAACAAGGAAGACCAAGUGUUCACUCUGGACGCAGACUUUUGAAUUAGUCAAUUGCACUUUUUAUUUAUACUAUGCGCAUCGAUGCAGUACUCGUGCGCUCAGCUUGUACAUAGCGAAUAUAAUGUCCCGCUUUCUUGAAAAUAAAGUGUACAAAUCAUGU